UUAUCUGUCAAAAACCAAAAAUGUUUGUUGUGGUGGUAUUUUUGUUGUUGUGUGAUUUUAAUUAGUUUUCACUGUAGAUUUACUAAAAAUACCACACCAAGAUGGUUUCUAGUGAAGAGGAGUCUGAUGUGAAACCUGGCGAUACAGUGGAAUGGGACGUCGACAUGGAAAUCCAAUUAUUUUACGCAAUGGCGAACCACAAACCUGUUGGCAUCAACAAGCAUUUUCACAUGGCUUGUAUUUGGGAAAAACUGUCUAAUUCAAUCACAAAAGAGAUUUCCACGCAAGAUAUAUGGAAGCACUUGGAGUCUUUGUACGAUUUAUCUAUGUUAGACGACACUGAACGCAUUCCUUUCCCAAAUCAUGAAAUGAAUUUUAGCCUCCCGGAUAGCGAGUUCGGUCCUUUGAUAAAGCAGAAAUGUAAGGAUAUUAUAUUACCUGACGAGAGUGAAGAUCGCCGGAGCGCGUCGCCGAUGCCAUCUACGCCUAGGAGCGGUUCUAAGGGCCUUGCAUCCAAAGAUAGCACACCUAAAGGCUCCAGUCGGAAGGAUAGUGUGAGCGCUCUCGCUACAAAGUCCCGUAAAGAAAGUGGUAGCUCACACGCAUCAACCGACACGCCUAGCAUCAAAUCUGAGAAAGAUUAUGAUCGAAGAAGAGAUUCGCGGGAUUCCAAUGCAUCUGGUACAAGGGACAGUUCUACAAGUCGAAAAUCAACAUCUCAGAGGGAGAAGGUGUCAAAGUCUAAAGUCAGCACUUCUUCAGCCUGGGAUUCCCCGCUCAUCGACGAGGACGGUAGUUCCCGCCGCGGGCGCCGGCGCGCCAACACGUCUACGCCCCCGGCGACCACUCCGGCCAAGCGUCGGCGUACCUGACACACGCACGCACACUCCUACCACCACUUCUUCUGACAACGUCAGCCUGGUGGGAGUGGGAUUCGCAGCGCGAGCGCUACAGAUGCUAACACGCUGGAGCGAACUUAUCCUAACUACUUUAAGGCGUAUGUGAGACUUACUAAGAUGGUUAUGUGAUUCGAUAUGGUGAAUCUUUAUUAAAGUAUAUUCUAGACUUU